UUAUUUGUUCUUGCUUACCGCAUUAUUUACGACCGAAAAUCGUUGUCAAAGAGUUAUGGCAUUUUCAUAACUAGUCUAGGAACUUCAGACUGUUUGAUGGGUAUAUAUAUGUUGACAAUAGCAUCAGCCGAUGUAAUGUUUCGUGGAAAUUACGUUUGGAACGACCUGUCAUGGCGGUAUGGAGUCUCUUGUAAAAUAGCUGGAAUAUUAUCUACAGUGUCUAGUGAAAGUUCGGUGGUAUUUCUCUUUCUAAUAACUAUCGAUAGAUUUAUCGCGGUCAAAUAUCCAUUUGGGGAAAUAAGAUUUGGAAAAACAUCAGCAAUACGCAUAUCUGUUGUUGUUUUCCUUACGUCCUUUAUAAUAUCCAUUAUCCCAUUAUUUCCUGGAUCAUAUUUCGACGGAAAUUUCUAUUCACGGUCUGCAGUUUGUCUUGCGCUACCACUUACCAGAGAUAAACCAAAUGGUUGGGAAUAUUCAUUUGGAAUUUUCAUUGUGUUCAAUUUUAUCUUAUUCUUGAUAAUUGCUGUUACGCAGUUAGUGAUAUAUAAAGAAGUUACAAAUCCGAUUCAGAUUAGAUCCACCAAGAAAAACCAGGACUUAACCAUUGCAAGAAAACUAUUCCUUGUUGUAUUCAGCGACUUUUUGUGUUGGUUUCCAGUUGGCGUAAUGGGAUUAAUGGCAUUACGUGGGUAUUCUAUUCCUGCCGAAGUUUAUGCCUGGACUGCUGUAUUUAUCUUGCCAAUCAACUCUGCUUUAAAUCCUUUCCUGUAUACAUUUGCAUCUAUCAGAGGAAACAGGAGUUUGCAGCAAAAGAAUACAUACCUAACUGGAAAUGUGAAUUCGAAAGAAUCAAACGCUUCCAGAAGAACAGAACAAGGCAAAGGCAAAGUUAUUUACGAUGAAAAUACUGAAGAUGAUGAGAAAGACAACCUGGAAGUGUUUGGAAAAGGAAAAAGCUAUAAUGCAGUCCAACACAGUGAUGGAAGUCCGCCUGCAAAUGCAUUGGAUGGUUUAAUUGCUAAUGGAGCAUCAUAUGUAUCAGAGAGGCCAUAUGUUAAGCCAUGGUACUUACUUAACUUAGAAAAGUGUAUUGAAGUUCAUGCAAUUGUUCUUUACCGAAAACAAGUAUGGUACCCAAUAAACAACAGAUAUGUUGGAACUUAUGUAAGUAAACAUCGAUGGGACUUCCUGACAUAUGGAGCCUACAGAUGUGACGAUAACAGAAACCCCUGGAAACACAAAAUAUUUCGGUUCCAGUGUAAACGUCCAAUUAUAGGACAAUAUAUAAGCGUAAAGAACUUUGACUUUACAGACCCUGACGAAAAGCAAGGAUACUUCCAUUACUUUGAAAUAGACGAAAUACAGGUUGUUGGAAGAUGUAAGUAUCACAUUGUUUAUCUAGGUGUGCCAGAUAUUCCAUAA